AGCUCCACGUGUGCUGCGCGUUCACGGAGCUGCGCUGUGAUUGGCGGACACACAGGCUCCCUUCACUCCAGCCCGUCGUGGACGCGCAUCUCUAUAUACUUGAGGCUUCAUGUCGCGGCCGCAGAGUCAAAAAACCCUCCAGUUCUGCAGCUCCAGCAUCUGAAACCAACACAGCAUUAAAGGGAGAAAAGAGAGAGUGUAUAAGCUUCAGGUAUGUGGGCGAAGUCUGCGUUUGUGGUGCCUUUCCUGCUGCUGGCCUGCCAUCAGGUGCUGAGCGUGGAUCCGCAUGAUGUCCAGGAGAAACAAGUGAGCCAGGUGAAGAGACGGCUGUCUCCCCAGAGCGCAGCGGAGAUCCAGAGCUGCCUGGUGAGUUCAGGGGACGUCGGCUGUGGGAUGUUCCAGUGUUUCAACAACAACUCCUGCGACAUUCAAGGCCUGCACCAUAUAUGUCUCACUCUGCUGCACAACGCCGGCCGCUACGACUCACAGGUGAGCAUCAGCAACACUGCUCAGAAAGAAGCUGGUUUGCCCUCAGGUUCAUUUGCACCCAGUGACUUUCUGAAAUCAAGUUCAGCAGCAGCUUAG